AUGGGUGGGAUAACUUCAAAAAGUAGCUCGUCAAGACAGUCUUCUUUUUCGUCUAGAUCAUCUUCUUGGAAUCAUCAGAAUUAUGAACAGGCACCUUAUGCACAACCAUAUGCACCUACAAGCCAUGACAGUGGCCAGCAGCAACAUUAUGCACAACCAUAUGCACCUACAAGCCAUGACAGUGGCCAGCAGCAACAUUAUGCACCUCCAACUCAAAGCUACGGUGGCGGUGCUUGGGGAUCAGAGUCAAAAAAAAAGUUGGAAAGAAAGUAUUCGAAGAUAGAUGACAAUUAUAACAGCCUGGACCAGGUUACAGAUGCAUUGGCGCGUGCUGGUCUAGAGUCAUCAAAUCUCAUUGUGGGUAUUGAUUUCACAAAGAGCAAUGAGUGGACAGGCGCUAGGUCAUUUCACCGGAAAAGCUUGCAUCACAUUGGAGAAGAGCAAAAUCCCUAUGAACAAGCAAUAGCAAUUAUUGGGAAAACAUUAUCCUCUUUUGAUGAGGAUAACAUGAUUCCUUGUUAUGGAUUUGGAGAUGCAUCAACCCACGACCAAGAAGUUUUCAGUUUCUACCCGGAUGAGGACACCUACUGCAACGGUUUUGAAGAAGUUUUAAGACGGUAUAGAGAAUUAGUCCCUCAGCUACGACUUGCAGGACCCACAUCAUUUGCGCCUAUCAUUGAAAUGGCAAUCACUAUAGUUGAGCAAAGUGGUGGUCAGUAUCAUGUCUUAGUGAUAAUAGCUGAUGGGCAGGUGACUAGAAGUGUUGACACUGGUCGUGGCCAGUUAAGCCCUCAGGAAAAGAAAACUGUUGGUGCAAUUGUCAAAGCAAGUGAAUACCCAUUGUCAAUUAUAGUAGUUGGAGUUGGAGAUGGACCAUGGGACAUGAUGAAAGAAUUUGAUGAUAACAUUCCUGCACGAGCCUUUGAUAACUUCCAGUUUGUGAAUUUUACAGACAUCAUGUCAAAGAAUACAGACCGCUCAAGAAAAGAAGCAGAAUUUGCUCUUGCAGCCUUGAUGGAAAUACCCUCUCAGUAUAAAGCGACGCUAGAGCUUGGUAUAUUGGGUGUGACAAGAGGGAAGGCUGUAGAUAGGAUCCCGCUUCCCCCUCCUCAUUAUGGUUCUGCUUCCUUUGGCACCCCAAAACCUUCACGUGCAAAUAGUUUUCGUCCAACUGCACCUUCCAGGCCACAACAUCAGGAUGUUAGCAAUAGCAGAGCCCGUCCUGCUGCUUCUGCUUCCUCUUCUGCUUCUGACAAUCAUGUCUGUCCCAUUUGCUUAACUGAUCCGAAGAAUAUGGCAUUUGGUUGUGGACAUCAGACAUGCUGCGACUGUGGACAAGAUCUUCAGUUAUGCCCAAUUUGCCGAAGCACCAUUGAAACUAGGAUAAAGCUCUAUUAAGUAUUAGUUCGCCCAAAUCCUCUCAAGCAAAAGCCUGAGCUUUUGACCUGCUUUUUCAACGUUUAACCCAAUUUAUUUCUUUGCAAUUUUUUCUUCCAUUGGGAGGAACUCGGUCCCUGUACAUAUCUCAAGUCUUCCUGGAUUUUGCAUCAUGUCCAUUAUCCUAAGCAACUCCAAAAUGAACAUCUACUAUGUCGUGGUUCUGUAUUUGUUUUGAUUUUUUGUUUUUAAACAUUUUUUCUUGGUUCAGUUAAAUUCUAUAUAUGUAAGUACUAUAAGCAUUGCAUACCUUUCUCGGCCUUUUGGCUAAGAUCAAGUGUACGAUAAGUAUUGCCAUUGGUCCACAUAUGUACAAAAUACAUUACAAUAUAUUAUCACCUGAAUAAAGUUUGCCUACUGACCAUUACCCAUGGUAUUACAUUGUUU